CCUACGCCUUUUUGAGAAUAAGGCUUGCAUAAGCCUGACUUUACGUCAUUUCCUAAGUGCUGGAGGAGGAAGCACUGAACUGGGGUAAAUACAGUUUCGUUUGCUUUUUCUGAAAACUUGCGGGAAGGUCAUCCUGAAUGAGCCAGGUUUCUGUUAAAGAGUAAGCCUUGCAUUUUGAAUAUGCUCCGACUGGCUGCAUCAUCCUUAUGUGUUUACUGCCAGCGUCUCCAGAUCUCCUUGCCCCACAGCAACAGGUUCCAUAUUAGUGCUGGCCGGUGUGCUGCCCUAGGUACUGGAGAUUCAAAGGCUGAGAACAAAUGCACUGUGGACUGCCUCUGUAAUUUAUCAGUGGAUAUUAGAAAAAUACGCAAACUGAAAGGUUGGGUGCUGUUUGAAGAUACCACCUACGUCAAUGAAAUCGCAGGUGUUUUAAAAGAAAUGGGUGCAGACAGGAUGACAAUAGCUAGCAUACUGGAACAGUGUCCUGAGGCAUUGCUUUGUACCCCUGCUGAAGUCAACACUCAGAAAGAGUUGUGGAGGUCAGUAUGUCCCAACGAGAAAGAACUAGUAAAGAUAAUUGAAAAGUUUCCUUAUUCAUUUUUUACUGUCAGUCACCAUGCCAACCAGAAGGCAAACAUUGAGUAUUUUCAGGGAUUAAAUAUGAACAAGAGGACACUCAGCAAACUGAUGGCCAGUUCGCCCCAGAAUUUCAGCAACCCAGCUGAGAAGAACAAAGAGAUGAUCAGUACUUUGCAAGAAAUGUAUCUGAAACUGGGUGGACUGGAAGCCAAUAUGAAAAUUUGGUUGCAUAAACUUUUGAGCCAAAAUCCAUUUAUUUUAAUGAAACCCCCUGGGACAGUAAAGGAUAACAUGAUGUUUCUGCAGAAAAGGGGGUUUACUGAUGCAGAACUUCUUGCACUUCUGUCUAAGCUAAGAGGGUUUAUCAUUGAGCCAUCUCCUAUUAGCAUGGAGAAGAGCCUGGCAUACGCCAAGGAAAUGUUACAGUGCAGUGAUGAUCAAGAGCUGAAAGAGAUUGUAUUAAAAUGCCCAGCUCUUUUGUACUAUUCCGUUCCAGUUUUAGCAGAGCGCUCAAAGGGACUUUUAAAUGAGGGCAUUACUAUUGACCAAAUAAAAGAGACCCCAACAGUGUUGGAGUUAACAACACAGAUAGUGCAAUAUAGAAUAAAAAAAUUAAGUGCUUCGAGGUAUAAUAUUAAACAAGGCAGUCUUGAACCUUUAAAUGGGACAAAAAAAGAGUUUGAGGUAAGCUAUGGAAAAAUCCACCUGAAGAAAGAGCGACCAUUGUUUAAUCCAGUGGCUCCCUUGAAAGUUGAUGAAUAGCAAAGUGUGUAUUUAGGGUAACAAUCUGCAGAAAUGAAAAAGAAACAAGAUGUAGCUGCAUUGUUUUUGAAUACUGUUGUAAUUUUUUUUUCUGCAGUAUCAAUUACUGUAGUAUCGUGCUUGUAUCAAACUAUAGAUGUCUUUGGAAGUUAUCCAACUUGAGUGCAAUUUCAUUUUUUUUCAAAUGUAAUUGAGUGUGUUGAAAAAUGUAUCGCACUGAAGGAAAAUAAAAAUGAACAAGUGAAA